AUGGCGGACAUCCUGGGCACUGCAGCAACUGUGCUACAGCUCAUUGGUGCUAUCAAGACCACCUGGGACUUUUUCGAUGAAAUGCAUAAAGCUCCAAGGACGGUGCUGAAAUACCAGCGCAUGAUCGAAAACCUGGAGAUAACCCUUCAAUUUGUCAAAGACUACUACUCACUCCUCUCCAUAAAUCAACUCGCCAAUGUCCAGGAAGCUCUAAGCUCCAAGCACAUCUCGGAAACCUCCAUCGGCAGGAUUUUGGACAAAAUACGCCAAGAUCUAGAGGUCGUUUCAACCGAGCUCAGAAAGCACUCGGACAACAGCUUGAAGCUCCUAGCCAACGCCAAAUUGGUCUUCCGAAAAGCGUCUAUUGUCGAGGCGUUUGAGAACAUAGAAUACGAAAAGUCAUCACUCUCUCUGAUACUCGGCUCUAUUCAGGGAAUGAUAGCCGCUACUCAGUUUGCCUCGAUACAAGCCCAAACUCAAAGGUCGAUUCUUUUUACCGAUGCCGAUUAUGUGGUGGACCAGCUGCGGUCCAGCAUCGUCCAUGCUGUGCAAAACUCGGCAAUGUUCAGCAAGUCUUUAAACGGGUCAUCCAUGAACCUUCUUACAGGUUGUGAUGACGAUGAAAACUACGACAAUGUUGACGUCGAAGCUGGGAGUCGCCGUCUCUCUUUGUCUAUCGCCUCCCGUCAGUCUUCUCAAAAAUUAGUCUGCAACAAGGACGUUUCAGUCACGCUGCCCCACAUCGACAACGUUGAAGAUGACGGCUACUAUAUCCAGGAUGCGGAUAUGUACGGUUGCAAGAGCCGCUUCGGCAGCAUCAUAAUCCACGUUUCAACAUACUGUUCCAAAACCUCUAUCUUCCACAGGCCUCUCAUCAACAUACAGGCCAGCCUGUCGCUCCGAAAGAGCUCAUUGAUGCAUGGGAGGGUCUUCCAGUUUCGGUUCCAGCAAGUGAUGCACACUUCCAGGUUGUCGGGGCUGUUUUCCUCCUCUAGCAGUGGCCGCAUCUUUAGAGAAAACAGUCUCGCCAUUCAAUGUAUCGCUGCUGGAAACUGGCAGGGAAUCAGAGACCUUCCAAGCCGACGCCAGAUCUCGGUAUACGACACAGAUGAUUACGGUCGAACCUAUCUUCAUUAUGCGGCGACACAUGGCUUGGUCGAUAUAGCAAAGACGCUGAUCCAAGAGGGUGCGGACCCUGGAGCAAAAGACCAUUUUGCAACCACUCCGCUGGACCAGCUUCUCAUGUAUGGGCCAGGCAACUCCAUGCUUCUCAGCCAGAUCUACAGCAGCGCAAACAAGGACCCAUUGAGCCGCUUUGUGGACUGUUUUUACUUUUUGCAGUUCAGGGGAAUCAACCCCGACUGUAUUGGAACCAAGCGGGGCAGUGAUGGCAUCAGCAGCCGGCAUUCCGACAUGGCGGCUCUCGGCGUCCGUGCCGGCACCCCUGGCUCUCAGUCUGCUGCAGUUGUGCAGGGCUGGAGAACUUUUAUUUCGGGCGUCGGGGCCAACGUCAACGCCAACCUGGCCCACCACAAUAGCAGUGCAUUGUCCCUGCUAGCGGCCUCUCGCCACUCGACGGCCACAUCUAUACAGGCCCUCUUAGCUCUCGGGGCGGAUGUGAACUAUACUGACGUCAACAAUAUGCAGCCGCUACACUACUUCUUCCACUACGCCUACUCGAGCACAACGAAUCAGCCCCUGAUCCCCUCCCAGCGCAGGGCCGUGCAGGACAAGACAUUUACCCUGAUCGAGGCCGGGGCAGAUCUCUGCUUCCGGGACCGCUGGGGUCGGAAGCCCAAGCAUCUCGCCGCCCGUGCUGGGCUGCUGGACGAGUACAAGGAGGCCGUCAGAAGGUCGAGACAUUCUGGGCUCGACUCGUUUGCCGAGGGUGAAGAGUGGCACCGCUGGUUUGAUGUGCCGGUGCAAAGCAAACACCACAGCAGAGACGAGACCACAUCAAUACCUGAGACCACACAACUUCUCUGUGCAUCUCAGCCUCCUCUUCAGACCAGCUCACCAGAACACGAGAUAGCACAUGUUCCUAAGGACGUCCUUGGACUUCACCAGGAUGACGGAUACCUCGAGCCUAGGCCUAUCUCGGAGAUUGCUAGCCACCCCUGGCUUCCAUUCUACAUGCUCCUCCGUUUUGCUGUCUUCUUCCUCAACAGCCUGCACAAGGAGCUGAUCUGCUGUGUCUUUUCGGUCGGUCUAUCUGCGCUGUUGGAUUUUAUCGCUCUGGUGAAGAGCUAUUAA